GAUUGGUUGGCAUGUUCUUCUGCGCAUGUUCAGUGCAUCCGCAAAAUCCAGCGACAGAUGCACCAGCGGAGUUCCUGUUUUGUUUUGAAUCUGGCGGUGGUUACGUCGUAUUUACUAACACUGGGGCACCAUGGAUUUUAGACGGUUCGGGGGCAGCUUGGAAUGCAGUUUUAUAGACUUCUUUGGAACGGACACAAGGGAAACCUUGUCUCAAGCAAUACGGCGUUCAACAGAGGACACGGCUGCAGCUGCUGAAUCCGAAACGGAGGCAAAUGUGCUGUUUGGAACCAUUAGAGGAAGCGUUGUCGGAUUACGUUACUAUACUGGGGUUGUUAACAAAGGAGAGAUGGUGUCGCUGGUCAGGGAACCUCACAACCCCUAUGAUAAAAACGCAGUUAUGGUUGCCAAUGUGUACGGGAGCCAGGUCGGGCACAUCAAACGCCAGCUCGCUGCGCCAAUGGCCAACAUAAUGGACAACAAUUUGGCCAAAGUUGAAGGGGUUGUUCCUUUCGGUGUGAACAAUGCUUUCACCAUGCCUGUCAACCUCUCCUUCUGGGGGAAGGAUGACAACAAAACUGCAGUAACGAAUGAACUGAAGAGACACGGAUUCCAACUUGACAAAGAAUCAAAAGGUGGAUCACAAGGCGUGACACCAGGUGUGACACCAGGUCGCACUCUAGACCAAUGGCUUGUAUCUUCUAAACGGCUGAUGGCAGUACCACUAACACCUGAACAGCUGAAGAAUGCAUUUGACAAGCUGUUUGAUGACCUGAUGGAGGACAAGACCCGUGAGAUGGAGGCAGGAGAGGCUGUGUGCACACCACUGCUCCCACAUCAGAAGCAGGCUUUGGCCUGGAUGGUCACAAGGGAGAACAACAAUGAUUUGCCUCCAUUUUGGGUGGAGAAGAAUGGCCUUUAUUUCAACGUUCUCACCAACUUUGCUGUACCAGAGAGGCCGGAGAGUGUCCUCGGAGGGAUCCUGGCCGAUGACAUGGGACUGGGAAAAACCCUCACCACUAUUGCACUCAUUCUGACCAACUUUCACAAUGGGAAACCGAUGCCUCUGGUGAAGAUGCAGAGUGCACCACCUGUUCCGGGAACUGCGGCUACCAAGAGAAAAUGCACGGCACUGAAAGAGAACAAUGGAAAAGGGAGUGAUGAAUUAACAGUGGAAGAAGAAGAAGCUACUCCUUCUUGUUCAAAAAGGCAACACGAAGACCCCGGUGUAAUUGUCAUCGACUCCGAUUCAGCUGAUUCAGGAGUGGGUGUAGCACCAUUGAAGAAAGCAAAAACAAAAGCAAAAUCAGACUGUCCAUCUGGCAAAAAGAAAGGUCCGAUUGUAAUGAUGGAGGACAUGGACUUUGCUGCUGCUUUGGGUGGGGGUGUGCUGGAAAAAAGUUUUCAUAAGAAGAAAGCCCAGAAGAAGAGUCAGGGAGUCAGCAAGAUGCCUUCAAAACCCGCUGACAGCAAAGGAGCCAGGGCAACCUUGGUCAUCUGCCCACUCUCAGUCCUCAGCAACUGGCUGGAUCAGUUUGAGCAACAUGUCCGUGCAGAUGUGGAGCUGAACGUGUACUUGUACUACGGUGCAGAACGUAACCGGAAUGUCAAGUUCCUGGCCCAGCAGGACGUGGUGCUUACCACGUACAACGUACUGUCUGCAGACUGUGCGGGUAAGAAGUGCAGCCCUUUGCAUGAGGUUAAAUGGCUGAGAGUGGUGUUGGAUGAGGGACACGUCGUUCGGAAUCCCAACGCACAACAGAGCAAGGCUGUGCUGAACUUGACAGCAGAGAGGAGAUGGAUUUUAUCAGGCACUCCGAUCCAGAACUCCCUGAAAGACCUGUGGAUGCUCAUCUCCUUCCUGAAGAUGAAGCCUUUCGACGUGAGGGAGUGGUGGAACCGGAUCAUCGAGCGGCCCGUCACCCUGGGCGACAGCAAAGGGCUUAGCCACCUGCAGACUCUGAUUAAGGGGAUCACCCUGAGGCGGACCAAAAGCAGCAAAGUGGCAGGACGCGCAGUGGUGCAGCUGCCAGAGAGGAGGGUGUUUGUGCAGAAGGUGACCCUGUCCGAGGAGGAGAGGCUGGACUACGAGACGGUCAAGAGGGAGGGCAGAGAUGCCAUAAGCAGGUAUUUUAGAGAGGGGACAGUCUUGACGAACUACGCGGAUGUGCUGGCCAUCCUCGUCAGGCUGAGACAGUUCUGCUGCCACCCACGCCUUCUGGGGAGCUCCACCAGCGCAGCAGGUUCAGCAGCAGAUACGUCCACGCCCAGUGGGCUGAGGGAGCGCCUGAUCAAUAAAAUGACCUUGGUCCUGAGCUCCGGUUCAGACGAGGAGUGCGCUGUCUGCCUGGACUCUCUCCGACAGCCAGUCAUCACCUACUGCGCCCAUGUCUACUGCAAACCCUGCAUCUGUGAGGUCAUACGCUCCGAACAGGAGAAUGCCAAGUGCCCACUCUGCAGGGCACAGAUCCGCACCAAGGAACUUGUGGAAUAUCCUGGGGAGGUUGCGGAGUCAGCAUCCAAUGAGGACAAGGACACAUGGAAGUCCAGUUCAAAGGUGGACGCCCUGAUGAGCAACCUGCUAAGACUUCGGCAAGAGGAUCCGAGCAUUAAGAGUCUGGUGGUGUCUCAGUUCACCAAGUUUCUGUCGCUGCUGGAAGUCCCUCUGAGGGAGCAGGGGUUUUCUUUCACACGUCUGGAUGGCUCCAUGAGCCAGAGGAGCAGAGCCAAGGCUAUCCAGGACUUCCAGGACACUGCCCAGGGAUGUCCCACCAUCAUGCUGCUGUCGCUCAAGGCUGGGGGGGUUGGGCUAAACCUGACAGCUGCCUCCAGAGUCUUUCUUAUGGACCCGGCUUGGAACCCUGCAGCGGAGGAUCAGUGUGUGGACAGAUGCCACAGACUCGGCCAGAAGAAGGACGUGGUUAUUACCAAGUUCAUUGUGAAGGACUCUGUCGAGGAGAGCAUGGUUAAAAGUCAGAAGAGGAAAAAGGAGCUUGUGGAGAAGGCCUUUGGGGGGAAGAAAGCCCAGGACCGUAAACAGUCACGAAUCGAGGAGAUUCGAGCUCUGAUGGAGUUGUAGGUAUCCUGGCGUUCAAGUUUGUCUCCCAUUUUCUUUCAGUAUUAUGCAGUAUGUCUCAUUUAACUACACCUGUGGAAGGUUUUGCAUGGUCAAAAUGCCUCCAAAGUUUCUUGCUACCCAAUACCAAAUUUCUUUUUCUUUUUUUACCUACUUUGUAAGGAAUUGAAAUUUACGAGUGUUAUAUUGUACUUGUACCAAUGACUUUUCAUGCCUCUAAAAGAAUACCACAACCCCCAAGUUUAUUUUUAUUUCUUUCAUCAGAAGCACUUCACUAUAUGUCCAGCACACAUGCCCUAGAGUGAAUGUCCAUAUAUUUGAAGGCAAAAAGGAGCAAAUUACUCUCCAUUGACUGAUAAUACAGUGUUUAAACCACCUUCAGGGUAUUUACUGAAGUACUGCCAAAUUGCAGUUUCAUUGUUUUUGAAUAUUCGGAUGGUAAAUUUCAGUUGAGCUGUAGGCACUAACACAUGAUGUAUUGCAGAAAUGUCUUUUUUUAGAUCGGGUUUUGUACCAUAAACAAAUGAUGCAGAUACUGUAUGUGGAAAAAUAGAAGUGCUAAAGUUUGAACUGAC